GAGUCCGGUAGGAAGCACGACCGUGGCGGAUUCGCAUCCUGACACCGACCCUGGAUUUGCAGAAAACAUUAAAACAGUCAAAAACGUCGAUAUUGCCCUUUGAUCUUAUGGAUGAUUAAAUUAUUUCACCAACUUUACAAAAGAAGCAAAUUCUACGAACUUCAUUUAAUAGCUGCAGGCGUGACGGGCUGCCCCAUCAAGAGGAGGAGAGAUUGCUGAGCGGAAAUGAAGACCCUGGAGGAGCCCCCCUACCUGACUGUGGGCACGGACGUGAGCGCCAAGUACAGGGGGGCCUUCUGUGAGGCCAAGAUCAAAACCGCCAAGAGACUGGUCAAGGCGAAGGUGACCUUUAAACCCGACUCCUCGACGGGCGAGGUGCAUGACGAGCACAUUAGAGGACCUUUAAAGGUCGGAGCUGUAGUGGAGGUGAAAAACUCGGAUGGCUUGUACAAGGAAGCCAUCAUCAACAAGUUAACAGAUGCCAGCUUGUACACCGUCGUGUUUGACGACGGUGAUGAGAAGACCCUGAGGCGGUCCUCCCUGUGCCUGAAAGGAGCGCGCCACUUUGCAGAGAGCGAGACGCUCGACCGCCUCCCCCUCACAAACCCGGAACACUUUGGUACACCGGUCAUCGGGAAGAAGACCAACCGAGGCAGACGAUCCAAUCCAGUUCAAGAAGAGGAGUCAUCCUCAUCCUCAAGUGAGGAAGAGGAGGGUGACCAGCAGGUUAACGAUGAGCUGUUGGGGAAGGUGGUGUGUGUGGAGGGAGUUCCCACCAAUGACAAAAAGAAGACUACAUGGUACCCAGCACUGGUGAUCUCGCCAGACUGCAGCGAGGAGGUGGUGAUGAAAAAGGACACCGUCCUCGUCCGCUCCUUCAAGGAUGGGAAGUUCCAUGCAGUGCUACGGAAGGAUGUCCGCGAGAUCGACAUCCAGACGGCUCCAAAAGCGGACGCGGGGCUGAAGCCAGCGCUAGACGCGGCUCUGGAGUUCCUGCGCCGGGGCGUGGUGCCGAGCACCUGGAGGACGGAGGUGAAGGAUGAGACCUCCAGCAGCGAGGAAGAUGAGGAGGACGAAGAGGAGGCACAGGAGGAAGAUGCCAGCAGCGAGGAAGAAGAGGAGGAAGUGGAACCUUUUCCAGAGGAGAGGGACAACUUCCUGCAACAGCUGUACAAGUUCAUGGUGGACCGGGGUACACCCAUUAACAAAAGGCCGGUAUUGGGCUACAGAAACCUCAACCUCUUCAAGCUCUACAGACUAGUGCACACACUGGGAGGGUUUGACAAUAUCGACAGCGGCUCUGUCUGGAAGCAGGUCUACCAGGACCUGGGGAUCCCUGUGCUUAACUCCGCCGCGGGCUACAAUGUCAAGUGCGCCUACAGAAAGUACCUGUAUGGGUUUGAGGAGUAUUGUAACUCCACUGGAAUCGCUUUCCAGAUGGCCCUGCCUCAGAAGCCAGCUAACAAGCAAGGCCCCAAACCGGAGAGGAAGAUGGAGGUGGCAGGGGGGGGGACCACUGCGUCGCCCGCCCCUCCCAGCCAAGGGGUCACGCCCGAACAGAGGGGGGGCGGCGAGGAGCAAAGGCCGUGGCCAGAGAGCGAGCCCAGUGCCACACAGCCUGCAGUGUGCAAGGAAGAGGAGGCGGCAGAGCCAAUCGGGCCAGGGUGCAACAAACCUGAGGCAGCUCAGGCUAAGAGCGAGGAAGACGAGGGCGUGGCCCCUGACAAGCAGGAGGAAGACGACGAUGAAGACAGGGAUGGAGCCCCGUGCCCUCAGAGGGAGAGCAUAAAGCCAGACCCUCACGAAGAGCUGGAGGACAAGGAGAAAUCUGGGGAUGACAGCAGUCAGGAGAGGGAAGGGGAGGAGUUUGAGUGUUACCCCGCGGGGAUGAAGGUGCAGGUGAGGUAUGGGCGAGGCCGCAAUCAGAAGACGUACGAAGCCACUGUGAAAGAGUCUGACCUGGAGGGGGGAGAGGUGCUCUACCUGGUGCACUACUGUGGCUGGAACGUCAGGUAUGACGAGUGGAUAAAAGCGGACAAGAUUGUGCGGCCGGCCAACAAGAACGUCCCCAAAGUAAAGCACCGCAAGAAAAUAAAGAACAAAACGGAGCGAGAGAAGGACCGGACAGAGAAACUGACUGACAGGGAGGACCCUUCCCCAUCCAAAAACAAUCGCGUCCACCGCUCCUCCAAAUUCAGCGCUCCCCACGACGGCUUUUCCAAGCUGGACAACCACAGCGACAAAGGGACCGAACACUCACCCAUCAAAUCCAUUGAGAUCACGUCCAUUCUCAAUGGUUUGCAAGCCUCCGAGAGCUCGACCGACGAGAGCGAGCAGGAGGAGGAGGACGAGGGAGACCAUGACGAAGACGAGCGGGCCGGUUGCUGUAGCGACCACAGGGAGGGCGGUCCUCCGGAAGGCCCCCAGGCGUUGGAGCAUUGGAAAGGCAGCGGGAGCAUUCUUGAGGGGGGCGGCAGCGGCGGCGGCGGGCCAGCGGCAGGGGAGAGCGCCCUGGAAACGCACAGCCAGGACUGUGCGGAGACAGGCAAACGCAGGGGCCAGCCUGACCCGCAGGGGGAGGGGAGCGGCCGAAAGCGCAAAGCGGAGGGCCUGGGGGAACGCGCCCCCAAAAGCCAGACCAAAAGCAAGCCCAGGAGCAGCGGCAGCAGCAGAACUAGCGACUGGCUGCCCACUGGCUCCCCCAGGAGGCUGGGGGAGAGGGGCGCGGGCCCCACGGAGGGGUCCAGUAGCAGCAGCUCAGAGGACGAGGGAGAAGGCCCCAUGGAGCCCCUCGCCGAGGGAGUGGGACGGGGCCGCAGCAAAGCCAGGGGAUCCCCUUCCAAGAAGUACAACGGGCUGAAGGAGAAGACAAAGGGCGGGAGAUCCUCCGGGUUCUGGGAGGUGCCCGAAAAGCGGCCCAAGCUGGCUCUGGGCACAGAUGAAAGGCUACCCAGCGGCCGCAACAAGGGCCAAAAGGAUGUGUGGUCCAGCAUCCAGGCCCAGUGGCCCAAGAAGACCCUUAAGGAGCUUUUCUCGGACUCGGACACAGAGGCAGCAAACUCCCCCCCGCCGGCCGUGCCGCCCCCCGAGGAGCCCCGCUCUGACCUGGGGCAGGAGGACGAUGCGGGCGAGGAGAAGCCGGAGCCCGAGAAGAACCGGGAGUUCCCCAGCAGCGGCAGCAACUCAGUGCUCAACACACCCCCCACCACCCCUGAGUCCCCCGCGCUGGCCAGCAGCACCGCCGAGGCCCCCAGCCGGACUCAGUCCUCCACGCCCCUGCCGCCGCCCCCUCCGCUGGCCUCCGCCCCCCCGGCCUCCCCGCCCCGGUCGGGCCCCGCGCUGGGAGAGAGCGCGGGCGGCCGCAGCGAGACGGACAGCAGCACAGUGGAGGUGGAGAGCCUGGGGGGAGAGCUGCAGGAGCUGCCCCCCGAGGAGAGGGCUGGAUCCCCCUCCAUGGCCUUCGAGGGCAGCCUCUCCUGCAACAGCAACUGCAGCCUGGCCCUCAGCAGCAGCAGCCAGCUGGAGAGCGAGCAGAGGGCCAAAGUGCUGGCAAGCCAGAAGAGGCCGAAAGACUCCCAGAUGGGCGGCACUUCAAAGAAACACAAGCGGAGCCACAAGAACUCAGGCACACACCCCAAAAAGAGCCGGAAAACGGCGCACAGCAGCGACAGCGAGGACCACUCCACCAGUGAAAACACUGCCAAAUCCCCCGCCUCCAAGACCAAUGUGGUCAUGCCUAAAUGCCCCAACAGGACGCCCCCUGCUGGCCACAAGUACCACAAGCACGGGGACUCUGAGCACCAUGGCCGCACGCCGCGUGUCUACGAGUGGAGCUUUCAGAUGUCGGACCUGGAGAAGAUGAGCAGCUUGGAGAGGAUAGCCUUCCUGCAGGAGAAGCUGCAGGACAUCCGCAACCACUACCUCUCUCUGAAGUCCGAGGUGGCUUCCAUAGACCGGAGACGAAAGCGCUUGAAGAAGAAGGAGCGAGAAAGUGCAGUGGCAGCUUCCUCCUCCUCAUCCUCUCCGUCCUCUAGCUCCCUAACAGCGGCCGUCAUGUUGACCCUGGCGGAGCCGCCCGUCACCGGGUCCUCUCAGAACUCUGGGGUGUCCGUGGAGUGCAGGUGACACGAUGCCCAGAGGCCCACAGCACUCUGCACUUAACCAGCGUCCACAACCCACACCCCUUUUGCUCCUUUUAAAGUCCAAGUCUCACCGAAUAUGCAGUACGCAGAGCGGAAAGGAGCUCUGAAUGUCUGGUGUGAGCCGUAGAAAAGUGGUGUCUGCCCUCAGGGACUGGUGUGCUUUAUAA